CUGCUGGCUGCGCGUUUAGAGGAAGUGGCAGAUUGCCCAAGGUACUUUUUACAUGAAUCACUAACAAUUUUUGACAGGACGAAGCACUAUAAAAAUGCCUUUUAGACCCAGCACAACAUCAUACGGCCAACAUGGAGCUUAAAACUGUUCUACUAUUGGUGAUCGCUGCAUAUAGUUCAGCAAAACCCAUUUCAACUGAGGAGAAAGACAAAGCUGUGUUAGCUAAAAAAUACCUUCAAAGGUUUUAUGGCAUGCCGGCUGGUCUUCAGCGACCGGGAAAGUCGUCUGAUCUCAUGCAGCAGAAGAUCAGAGAGAUGCAGGAGUUUUUUAAGCUGGAGGUGACUGGAAAGCUGGAUGACAAGACUGUGGAGCUAAUGGAAAUGGCUCGCUGUGGAGUUCCAGAUGUGGCUGAAUAUAAUCACUUUCCUCGAGAUCUCAAAUGGAAAACCACAAACGUGACCUUCAGGAUUCUGAACUACACUCCUGAUCUGAAGAAGAAGGUUGUGGACAGAGCCGUAAGAAAAGCACUGAACGUCUGGAGCAAAGUGACCCCGCUGAGAUUCACGAAAACGUUUGAUGGAACUGCCGACAUCAUGAUCAGCUUUGGAACAAAAGAACAUGGAGACUUCAACCCGUUUGAUGGACCUGAAGGUCUUCUUGCUCAUGCGUAUCCUCCUGGAAUCGGCAUUGGUGGUGAUACACACUUUGACGAGGAUGAAACAUGGACUGAAGACUAUCAUGCGUUCAAUCUGUUCCUGGUUGCGGCUCACGAGUUUGGUCAUGCUCUCGGUAUGGCUCAUUCGUCAGACCCUGGAUCUCUUAUGUACCCGGUUUACUCCUACGCCAAAGGUUUCCCUCUCUCCGAGGACGACAUUGAGGGCAUCCAGUCUCUCUAUGGUGAAAACCCAGACCAUGAAAAAUUCAAGCCUAAACCGAUUGCUCCAGAGAAAUGUGACCCUGAACUGAGUUUCGAUGCCAUCACUGAACUGCGUGGAGAGACUAUUAUUUUUAAAGACAGGUUUUACUGGAGGCUGCAUCCAAAUAUGCCUGAACCAGAACAAACCCUCAUUAAAAACACCUGGCCUGAAAUACCAAACAAAGUAGACGCUGCCUAUGAGAACCCAGAGAGAGAUGUGGUCAUCAUAUUCAGCGGUAUCAAAAUGUGGGCUCUCAAUGGCUACACUCUUGUUGACGGCUACCCAAAAUACAUCCACAAACUUGGCCUCCCGAAAACGGUCCGCAAAAUAGAUGCUGCUGUCAACAUCCGAGAUACGGGCAAGACUCUUCUGUUUGUAGAUGAAGAAUACUGGAGUUUUGAUGAGCAGACAGGCACUAUGGACACUGGAUACCCACGAUCCAUUGAGGACGACUUUCCUGGAAUAGGAGAUGAAGUGGACGCCGCUGCUUAUCAUUACGGAUACUUGAACUUGUAUCAUGAACAUACUCAGUUUGAGUACAGUUACAGCGCAAGGAAAGUCGUUCGCAUCAUGAGGGCAAACUCCAUACUCAAUUGCUGAGCACUUACAACUUUUUUUCAAUUCUGUGUAAAUUAACAUUCAUUUUUAGGUUGCACUUUAUUUUACAGUACUUGUACUUAAUGUGUAAGUAGAAGGAACUGGGUUAUAAAAGGUCCCUACAGGUCAAGGGUUGGUAUAGAGAUUGACCAAGUAUUACCCAAUUUAUGUAAAAACUAAGUUCAUAUGAAACAUUCAUUCAUUUUCCUUCGGCUUAGUCUCUUUAUUUAUCAGGGGUUGCCACAGAGGAAUGAACCACAGACUAUUGCGGCAUAUGUUUUACACAGCGGAUGCCUUUCCAGCUGCAACCCAGUACUGGGAGACAACCAUACACUCACAUUCACACACUACAUACAAUUUAACCAACCCAAUUCACCUCUACCGCAUGUCUUUAGACUGUGAGGGAAACUGGAGCACCCGGAGUAAACCCACACGAACAUGAUGUAAACAU